GGCCCUUCGCGAUUGGCGGGUGGGGAGCUUAUAUAAAGCGCCGGGCGGUAGGGCUGCCCUCAGUUAGCGACCGGACGUGCGGCGGGGCGUUUGUCUGCACUGGAGGGGACGAAGGGGUCAGUGAGCGCGUCAUCGAAAUUGCUUCCUCCACGUAGUCUUCAGUUGUCGAGGGUCCACCCCUGGGGCCGACUUUUUGAGGCCUCCGACUCCUCUCCCGGCUUGUGACCGGGAGCCCGGGCUCAGCCCUCACCUCCGCGCCCGUCCGCCGGGGAAGGGUCGGCAGGCAGGAUGGAGUUCAAGCUGGAGGCGCACCGCAUCGUCAGCAUCUCGCUGGGCAAGAUCUACAACUCGCGGGUCCAGCGGGGCGGCAUCAAGCUGCACAAGAACCUGCUGGUCUCCCUGGUGCUGCGCAGCGCCCGCCAGGUCUACCUGAGCGACCCGUGUCCCGGUCUCUACCUGGCUGGUCCCUCGGGGACCCCCCUGCAGCUGCCCGCGGAGCCGGCGGCCGGGUCCCCGGCGGGCUGGGGAGAGCCUCCCCCGCCGCCCGCCCCCGCCGCCGGGCUGGAGCCCGAGCCGCAGCCCGAACACUCUGCGGUCCCAGACGCGCUGCGGGCGGGUGACGCGGAGCCCGCGACUACCGUGACCUGCGCCAGGGACACUCUUCAGGGCGGAGAGGUGGCGGCCGGGGGAGCCGGGGACCAAGCCGGAGGCGCGGACGUCUUCCCGGAGGGGCCCCGAGAGGCUCGCCGCUACUGUGGCUGCCCCCCAGGUGUGGAGGACAAGCCGGGGACGCCGGGCGCGUCUCCCCCCGGUGACUGCAGCGCGGAGGACGAGCCCCCUGCGCCGCCCCCGCUCUGCCCCAGGAAGCGCCCCGCGGCGGGGGCCGGCGGCUGUGGCCCCGCGGGCCGCCCGGCGCCCGGCUCGACCCCGGUGAAGAAGCCCCGCUGGGACUUGGAGGGGCCGCCGGGCCGGGCGGAGGAAGGGGAGGAGGAGAUGGAGACCGGGAACGUGGCUAGCCUCAUUAGCAUCUUCGGCUCCAGCUUCUCGGGACUCCUACGGAAAAGCCCGCGGGGCGGCGGGGAGGAAGCCGAGGGCGAGGAGAGAGGUCCGGAAGCCGCCGAGCCCGGGCAGAUCUUCUGCGAUAAGGUGGUGCUGAGAGACAUGAACCCUUGGAGCACAGCCAUCGAGGCCUUCUGAGCUCCCGGCCCCGCGCGGGCUGGAGGUUGAGCAUCGGGCGUCCCGACGUGCGGGCUGGGCUUCUGCCGGCCCCGAGGACGCCCCGGAGACCGCAGGCGCCGAGCGCGCCGGGGAGACGGUGCUGCGGGGCGGCACGGACUGCCCUCGGCCGCGGCGGCCCCGCUGUGUUGGCCUCUCUGGGGACCUCUCUUGAGACUUGGGAGCGUGAGGCUUAUCGGAAGAGGACGACCGUUAAUUUGUGUGUGUCUGUGUCUGUGUGUGUCUGUAAGUUUGUUUUGUGAAUUAAGACUAUUUUGUCCUUCUGGAAUGCUUCGCCCCUGCCCCAGGGCUCAGGAGACUGGGGGCAGGCGGGGACUUUCCUCCACCAGCAGCGCCGAGAAGGAAGCGGCUCGCCGGGCCCGGGAGUUCCCCAUUCGUUCUCGAGGCAGGAAGGGACUUUACACACGCCCCUCACAUGAAAGCCAGAGCCGGAGCAGGGCCCGGAGCGGCGUUUCCUCGCAGGAUUUCAUAAGACCAGAGUGAUUCAGUCUGGAGUAGAGACUUGUAUUAUUUCUCCCUCCCCUCCUUUCUCUCACUGAAGAAACGUUUAAGGAACCCUGUGAUUAUUCUGGGAAAGGGGAAUCUUAGCGGCCCCUGUCUUCCCCACAGGGAAAAAAAGCUUGAUGAACUUCACAGAAGAGUUCAAGCUUGGAAAUACGGAGUUAUAGAGAAAAGAUAUAUUUUUAAAAGCUCUAGCUCAAAACUACUACACAGUGCUUUUAAAAAGUGUUGAAUGAAACAAAGUUUACAGACAGAACCCCUAAGUGAAAAGACCUUAUGGUUUUGUAGAUAUGGUGACUCCAGUCUUUGUUGUAUAAAGGUUGGGGGAGCUGGUUUUUUGUACAGUAUUUUCUCCUUCGUUGUAUUGAUUUUUGUAUAAAAAUGUAAACUUCACGUGUCUGACACGUAUUAAAUAUUUUGAAGCAACA